GUGCGCUGACAGUUCGGGAGCGUAUUCGUUUGCAAGUUGUUUUGCGUAAAUAAAUAUCUGCCCAACCGAUGAGUCACAAAAAGCGAACAUUGGUAUAUUUUACACCACUCCAUACGGUUCGGAGUGUCUAAAUUAUUUUGUUAUUUUUGUUUGUAAGUUUAGUUACCUUCCCUGGCUUAGUUGCCGGUAGUUGCAGCUCUCCUUUGCCACAGCGUGUUCAACCGUAUUCAACCCGUUGGUUGCAAUUGCAGCGUUUUUACGCACCGGAAACCUUCGCAAGAUCGAUCUUCCAGUGAUUUUAAUUGUUGUGAUAUUAUACAUUUCAAACGCUUCCACCUAAGAGUACUGUGCCAUUUAGAGCUGUCGAGUUUAGUUGAAUGCUACCAUUGACGAAAGCCUUCAGCGCAAUGUUCAGCCGAAAGCAAGAGGACAGCAGCGAUACGCGAGGAAUGCCGCACGGUUCGCCCAUCGCGAGCGGUUCACAGACGGCAAAUGGGAUAAUCCGACCCGCGUACGUCAUCGAACGGUACGCCGCCUACUACCCGAUGAACCACAAACGGCGCGGCAUGGCACUGAUCUUUUCGCACAACAAGUACAACGUGCGCAACGUUAGUCUGCCGGUGCGCGAAGGCAGCGCCAUAGACUGUAAACGGCUGAAGGAAACGCUGGAGCUGUUCCGAUUCGAUGUGAAGGUGUAUCCCGAUUUUAAGCUGGAAGAAAUCAAGUCCGUCAUUGGGAAGGUAUCAUCCAUGGAUCACAGCGACAGUGACUGUUUCCUGGUCGCUAUCCUCACGCACGGCGAGGACGGGGGCAUUGUGUACGCCUAUGAUCAACCGUACGAACUGUCCCUCAUCUGGAGCUUCUUCACGGCCGACAACUGUCCAUCGUUGGCCGGGCGGCCGAAGAUUUUUGUCGUCCAGGCGUGCCGUGGGAACCAGCUCGACCACGGCGUAAAGGUGCAGAAGGAUGGCGUCGCACGGUACAGCAUCCCUACGCAUGCUGACUUUCUGUUUGCGUACGCCACGAUCCCGGGCUUCAUGGCGUUUCGCAACACGACCGAGGGUUCCUGGUUCAUCAACGAGCUGUGCAAGGAGUUGCAGGAAAACGGGCACAGGUACGACAUUAAUACGCUGCUCACGUUUGUCACGCAGAAGGUGGCGUACGAUCACGAGUCGGUGUCGAACAUGCCGGAGUACAAUAUGCGCAAACAGACGCCCUGUGUCGUGUCGAUGCUGACCCGUUUGCUGCUGUUCAAUGUGGUUUAAUAACGAGCGCGGACUCGCACUUUGUAUUGAUAUCGAAUCAAUGCCUAAGGCAUAUUUUCCUAUAUUUUAACGUUCUACCUCAAGGUACAGUCGUAUCGUGUUUCUUUUGAUUAAUAAUUCGGUUUAUUUAGGAAGAAUGGUUUAAACUCAGUUUGCUACAAAAGCGUGCACAAAAUUAACACCGAUGCUGUACGGCAGGGGCGAAACACCAAAGCACAGUGUCGUGCAAUACGAACGUAGUAACGUACUCCACCGUCAAUAAGGCAUUCUUAAUUUUAAUGCAUUUGGAUCAAAAGUAUUCGACGGAAAAAAAGUCAUACCAUUAUUUUAAAGCCCGUGAUUUUACCAGUGGCACUAAAAGAAUAUUUAUUUUUAUACCGUAUAAUAUUUAACACACGAAGCAGAGCGAAAAUAAAAAUCGUAACAUUUCUAUACCAAUCAAA